GGGGUGAGGGGAGAGCGCGUGGGGCCGUGUGCAAACCGCGUGUGGCGCAGCCAGAAGGGAGCCGGGAGCGGGCGGGCAGAGCCGGAGCGAGCGGGGCCUACUGUCGUCCGGGCGGGCUACUGCCGCAGCGGGGUCGGGAGUCCGCAAGGCAGGUAAUCUGCAGUCAUGAGCAGCAACGAGUGCUUCAAGUGUGGACGUACUGGCCACUGGGCUCGGGAGUGCCCUACUGGAAUUGGACGUGGUCGUGGGAUGAGAAGCCGUGGCAGAGCAGGCUUCCAGUUCAUGUCUUCAUCUCUUCCGGACAUCUGUUACCGCUGUGGUGAGUCUGGCCAUCUUGCCAAGGACUGUGAUCUUCAGGAGGAUGAAGCCUGCUAUAACUGCGGUAGAGGUGGCCAUAUUGCGAAGGACUGCAAGGAGCCGAAGAGGGAGAGAGAGCAGUGCUGCUACAACUGUGGCAAACCUGGCCAUCUGGCUCGUGACUGUGACCAUGCAGAUGAGCAGAAGUGCUAUUCUUGUGGAGAGUUUGGACACAUUCAAAAAGACUGCACCAAAGUGAAAUGCUAUAGGUGUGGUGAAACUGGCCAUGUAGCCAUCAACUGCAGCAAGACCAGUGAAGUCAACUGCUAUCGCUGCGGCGAGUCAGGGCACCUUGCACGGGAAUGCACAAUUGAAGCUACAGCCUAAUUAUUUUCCUUUGUCGCCCCUCCUUUUUCUGAUUGAUGGUUGUAUUAUUUUUCUCUGAAUCCUCUUCACUGGCCAAAGGUUGGCAGAUAGAGGCUACUCCCAGGCCAGUGAGCUUUACUUGCCGUGUAAAAGGAGGAAAGGGGUGGAAAAAUCAACUUUCUGCAUUUAACUACAAAAAUGUUUAUGUUUAGUUUGGUAGAGGUGUUAUGUAUAAUGCUUUGUUAAAGAACCCCCUUUCCGUGCCACUGGUGAAUAGGGAUUGAUGAGUGGGAAGAGUUGAGUCAGACCAGCAAACCCUCUCUGGGUUACAUGGAAGUGAUCCUAUGCAGGAGGAAAGAAAUUCUGGAAGUGUCUAAACUUCCUCAUAACUUUAAUUUUAUUACAAUGGCCUUGGAUUGUCUGACCUCAGUAGCUGUUAACACCAAGUAAUAUCUGUAUCGGGCCCUACCUAGAGCAUAUAGCUGAGUGGGAGUAAACAAACAAGAUGCACAUGCCUGUUAAUGGCCAUGAGAGAGAGAGAGAGAAAUCAGGAAUAAACUUAAAAGUAACAAUAAUUCAGUCAAUGAAUGUUCACGUUGGAGAUAUAGAACGUAAGGGGAAGCUUUUGAAUAAAUAUUUCAAAGUAAAUCUGAAACCCAGACAUCCGUGCUCAUAGCAUAUACAAUUUGGAGCUAUUCAGGAGUUGCAAAUAAAUGCAUUUUCACAGAAAUCAAGAUGUUAUUUUUGUAUACUAUAUCACUUAGACAACUGAGUUUCAUUUGCUUGUAAUCAGUUUUUAAAGUAAGAUGGUAAAAGCAAUUGAAGUCCUAGAACAUAGAAAAUGUAAUUUUAAACUAUCAAUAAAGCUGGAGGAGGAAGGGGA